AAUUAAUCUAUCCACGACCACUCUUGCACCCUUCUCCCACCGUGCCCUCAUCCUUAACCUCCUCAAUUCUACCCUCAACCCGGCCUCCAGUGCACAUCUUGUGGCUGUGCACGCCACCAAAACUUUCUCCGAGCGCCGGCCAGGCCACGUCUCGCGCACCUCCUUGCGCCCAAUUACCCUCACCACGACCACCACUUACCGCCUCCAACUUCUGAUGCGCCAACCGUAGGCCCUUUUCCACUCUGGCAGCCGCGGUUCGCCUUACCCCUUAAUUUCUUCUAGCCACCAUGUCACGCUCGCUCAGACGCUCGAAUCCCAUCACCAUAAUCCUCGCAGGCAUCCUCUGCAUCGGCUUCUUUGUCUUUUUCUUCUCCGGCAGCGAUGUCCCUUCCGUAUCCAGGAGCGGCGGCGAUGUAGCCUCCAACCCACUGUCUCCGCCAUCAUUGCCUUUUCGCAAGUCGAAAUCCAAUUCCCCUCAGGUCGCGCCGCCAGUUGUACAUUACUACAUGAACAAUGUGACCAAUUCCCGCACGCCUGCUGAGAACGAAGAAGCGGUUCUCAUCCUCACACCAUUGGCUCGGUUCUACCAGGAGUACUGGGACAACCUCAUGAAACUCACCUAUCCCCACCACCUCAUCUCCCUUGGAUUCAUAAUCCCAAAGACAAAGGAGGGCAAUGCUGCAUACACUGCAUUGCAGGCACAGGUAGCAAAGACGCAAUCGGGUACCAAAUCGAAGCGCUUCGCUGCCGUUACCAUUCUCCGCCAGGACACCGAGUCCCCCCUACAAUCGCAAAACGAGGCCGAGCGUCACAAGAUGGAGAACCAGAAGGCGCGGAGGGCAGCCAUGGCAAAGGCACGAAACUCGCUCUUGUUCACAACGUUGGGUCCCACGACCUCUUGGGUUCUAUGGAUGGAUGGUGACAUUGUUGAGACUCCACCCACAUUGAUUCAGGAUCUGGCUGAUUACAACGUGCCCAUCAUUGUGCCCAACUGCUUCCAGAGGUACUACAACGAGGAAAAGAAGGCCAUGGACAUUCGAGAAUAUGAUUUCAACAACUGGAUCGACAGCAGCACUGCACAGGAACUGGGCAAGAAGAUGGGCAAGGAUGAUAUCCUGCUCGAAGGUUAUGCAGAAAUGCCAACCUACCGUAGCCUGAUGGCCAAGAUGUACGACCCGUCGGCGGAUCCUCACGCAAAGGUUAAGCUCGACGGUGUAGGAGGUGCUACAUUACUCGUCAAGGCCGAGGUCCACCGAGACGGUGCUAUGUUCCCGCCAUUUUCCUUCUACCAUCUCAUUGAAACGGAGGGCUUUGCCAAGAUGGCCGCCCGAUUAAAUUGGGAGAGUUAUGGACUACCCAACUACCUUGUGUAUCACUACAACGAGUAACAAGGCCAACGGCGAAAUUCUUGAAGUUUUGGGGGGCUGUUCCGUUUCAGUGGUCAUUGGGCGGCGUUGGAAAGGGCGGCUUGAAGACAUUACUGCAAUCAUGAGUCUUACCGCCGCGCAUUUAUGGCAACCAUGUUCUGGAGGUAUGAUGGCUUGCUGAGCAAGAAAUAUACCAGUUAGCAAUUUUUAGACUUGAAAUACCAACAUGACAGAUUUUUUU